AUUCUUACCACAGUGACCCGUCUGUCACACUUCACUGCUAUCAGCUGCUAUAGGCCAGCACAUGAGCCAGGCUCACGCUGAAACGUACACAUGGUGUGAUAAAACAGACGGAAAUGUGACAGGGAGUGCAGGAUAGUUUCCUGGUUUAUACUUUACAUUCAAGGAAUUGACAGUGCUGUAGGAGGUCCUGCACUUAACUGAUCGUGGGAAGUUGAUAUCUGUGAUCACUGCAGACAGACAGUACUCUGCAGCUGGUUUUGGAGCAACUUGGAACAGUUGCCAGAUUCAUCACUUGAGACAAUUACGAAGCCUAUUGAUUGUAAAGAGGUGACAAUCUUUAAAACUGGAGCGAAUAUUCCCAUUCAAGAUACUCAAAUCAUCUCCUAAAAUGACAACUGGAAUAUUGUUUGUUUUCAACCUGUGGAAGGGGAGACGGAAAGAUAAGGACUCCCCUACCCCCCCUGCCAGCGAGGAACAGCGUCAGUACCUGGGGGAAACGUUCAUCAAGGAACGUGUCACAGAAGCAGAUUUCUUCAAGCUAGUCUCACUACCUCCACACCUAGACUAUAACGAGUGGUUGGCUACUCACACGAUAGCGUUCUUCAACCAUGUGAACUUAAUGUACGGGGUGAUCUCUGAGUACUGUACCUCUGAGGGACAGGCAUGCUCCUCGAUGGCAGCCCCGGGCAGUGUGCAAUAUUAUUGGUAUGAUGACAAGGGGAAGAAAUACAAAUAUUCAGCUCCUCAGUAUAUUGACUAUGUCAUGACAUAUAUACAGACGUCCAUCACAGACGAGUCUGUCUUCCCAACAAAGUUUGGUCAUGUCUUCCCAAACUCAUUUGAAACAGUUGUGAAGAAGGUGCACCGUUAUCUCCUCCAAGUAUUAGCACACAUAUACCAUGCACAUUAUAGGGAACUUCUGACACUUGGCCUGCAUGGCCACUUAAACAGUCUGUUCACUCACUUCAUGGUGUUCAAUAUGGAGUUUAACUUACUAGAGGAGAAGGACACGGAGGUCCUCCAGGACCUGGUGGAGGCCCUCCUCAAAUGUCUAGAAGACUAUAACCAGAGUAUACAGGAUAAUGCAGCUAAUGAAGAUAGUGCAGACACACCGGAAGACACUAGUCCCCAACAGCCAGAGAAACAGCUGCUGCAAACAUAGUGGAUUCCUAACCUUUGUCUUUCAUAUCAACAGGAUGUGUAAUGGUCGUGCAUUUGCAUCGGGGACUCAGGAUAUAGUGUGGAAGGAUCAAGGAUGUGAUACUGUGCUAGGGAGGAGUGUAUCAACAGUGUGACUCUAGAGAGAGAGAAGAUCCUGGAUAAGGAUCUGAAUGCUUGGAUGUGGAGUUGGUCCUCAUGCAGCUGAAGAAGGAUCUCGUGCCUCUUAGUUUCAGCUUUCUGUAGUUUGAAUGGAUCAGUGUUCAUAAUGUCAUUUUGGGUGAUAAUUUCAUUUUCAGCAGGGUUUGUGCUUUGUUAUUGUUUUAUAUCAAUGGUAUAUAAAUACAUGAAUGCUAAUGACGAAUUAAUGAGGUGUUAUUUGCUUAUUUGGGGUAGAAAUGUUAGUUCUUUGUUGAAAGCCAUAGGCAUGCUUCAUUUGUUCCAACUUCCGAUAAGGAUUUGAUAAAAGGAAACAUCGAUCCUGUUUACUGAUCUGUAUAUUGUUUUUACAAUAUCUGAUGGAAGAAAAUACCUCGGUGAUGAAUAAUGACAAAAUGACAGUGUCGACUGCUACAGAUGAGUUGUAGGUUGCCAUUGAGGUAGAUGCAUGAUGCAGAGAGACUGUGAUGUUUUCCUGGUGUAGAACUUGAUCAGUGUGAUUCUUCUGACUCUGUGGUUUGGGUAUGAGGAACCCAGUCCAGGGUUUCGAUGACUAUAUGAGGACUGCAUAUUCUUGUUUCAAAUCUUUCCACACAUUGACCACCUUACAGAGUUCUGCAAUAGGCUGCUACCCACACCCUCUCUAUAGAGAUGUAUGCUUCACUAAUGUAUUGCUGUGGACUGAAGUUAGAACAAACAAUACUCUGUGUUGAAUAUAGUGGCACAUUAGGGAUUUUACCCAGCAAGAAUGUAUUCAUCAACACUAGCUGGUGUUGUGUGCUGUACAGCAGGUAUGUGUUGUAAUUUGUUAUGUCACUUUGUGGGCCGGGUCAGAACACUGGCAUGGAAUCUGAUGUGCAGGAAAGUGGCGAUUCUUUCAGAUCUUCAGAUGAAGAACCCAAUUACACCUUUAAUGAAUAGUUACAUACUUUGGAUGAUGCUGGACAGUUAGUGCCAAAAUGAUUUGAGUUGAUGACCAGGGACCAGGUCAUCAUAGCAGAUAAGGACUGAUAUGUGCCAAGUCAAUACUCUUGGAGAAGGCUCUCAUGGUCAGAUUUCUUGAAAGAUGUCAUGGGUUUUAUCUGCAAAAUGCAAAGAUAGGAUUCCCAUUGUUGCCAAUAAUAUUGUUAUAUGGGGCUGCCAUUGUUAUCAGUCUUGAAGAAGGUGCCAAGGAAGUGAUGGAUGUCAAACAGGUAAUCGCGUACAGGUGCCAAAUAUUACCAUGCAAAGGCUGUAUUGUUGCUGUGUACGUCCUUGGCAGGAUUGAAGUUUGACCUCAUGAAGCCCAGGGCUCUCUUGUUGCAGGGUUGGAGGUGUAUAACAUAGAGUUGAUUGUGCACUGGUGCCAAGCCUUCGUUCUGCUGCUUGCCAAAGAAUUGUGGUGUAGAACUAAUCUGACACUUCUGUGUGCCUACAUGUUCUCUAUGACAUCUGCUGGAGGACGAUGAUAAGUGACCUUGUACAAGUACCAUACAGUUGGCUGCAGUGAUAUUCCUGCAGUGAUGGAGAUUCUCAUGCAGUUAACACUGCCAGUCUUAGUAGGCUUUAUUGGAUGAAAAAUAAGGAACCUCAUUGGUUUGGUCAAAUGUAGUAAAUAUAAUGUCAUUAAUUCACUGAAAACUGUAAGAAUGGAUGAAAAACAAACUGAGCCGUGUGAUGAAAAACAUUUUAGACAAUGCCGAGAGCUAUGCCUUUGACUGUACACUCAUGUAUGGUUGUGUUAGUAUUGUGCUGAUGUUAAAAGUGAUAGCACCACUAGCAUUUGUCAUGAACACAGUUGUCUGAUACAAGGAAGGUUCAAUGAGAUGUUCAUUUCUUUCAAUGUGAAUUUGGAUGAUUUCGGUACUGUUAAUGGUAUGUUCCGGCCAAGACAAAAGAUAUACUGAUUUCUUAAAUGCUUGUUUUGAUCAUUGCCAUUUACUUUGGCAGUCUGAAUUCUAAAAGGUUGAAAUGAAAUUCAUGUAAAUAGACUUUUCUUUAGUCCUUGGAUGACAUUUUUCGAUUUUCAUAAAGCCAUCCUUUGACUUUUGGAAAAGUUUCAUGAGGUCUUAAAUCAUCGUCAACCUGACCAAUUUACAAAUGAUUUGAAGUUGGAUUUGUAGUACUCAGUAUAGUUCUUUGUUCAAAAAAUGAAAAGCAAUUUUCAGACGAAAAGACGUUUCAGACUUCGCUAUUUACAUUGCUAAUGGUAGUUGAGAUUAAUGAAUUAAUGACAGUUUCUUGAAGGAUGACAGAAUACUCUGUCCUAUGAAAGAAAGUUCAUCUUUUGUUCCUUGUAUGAGACCAGCUGCUUUGUCUACAGUAAUACUGUCAUAAUACCCUGAUGUCAUCCAUGGCUGGAAGUGAACACACGUAGGCGACGCUCCAAGUACUGUCUGUGUGGGCAGUCUUGUUACUCAGGCCACUGCUACUGAUGAUCACUUGUUGCUGUGAACAUGACCCCAGUGUUUAGACAUGCAUACUUCCUGAUCCAAUUGCUUUGUCUUCUGCAAUACUAGAACGUUAAGUGGAGCUGUGAUAUCUUGGAAAAAUGUACAUACUCUGAUAAUAACUAUGUUAAUGGCUUUGGUCAUUCAGUGUCUAGGUAUCAUAUUAAUAUAUAUUUUCCUCAUACUUAAAUUAAGCAGUAUUAUGUUUCAGCUUAAGCAGAGCACAGUAACCUUGAGUAAAUGCAGACAUUUACAUAUACAUACCAUCUUAUAAAAUAAUGCCAAAUGUUGAAGUUUAAAAUUAUGCUCGAAUGCCAUUUGUGUGUUCUUAUCCGCAACACUUUUGGUUAAAAUGUCCCCACAAAGAUGCUGUGAAUUCUGUAUGUACGGACUUGAGUACACUAAUUCAUGUAAUAAAGAUCUGGGUUUCCUCAGCACUACCUAUGACCUUCUUUCCUGUUAAGGUUGAAUCCAAAGGCAUGUAGAGGGGAUCCCAUAAAGCAAGACAUGUGAGGCAUUUUUAUUCAUAGCCAAGAAACUGACAUGCAUUUUUCAUCUGAUCUCUCAUCUAAUAUUUAAAGUAAUAUCUUGUUCUACAUUUACCUUUGAAUUUUUCACAUGUUGUUCCUACACAAACUGUGAGCAUGGCACAUUGCAGAAAAAGGAUAAUCAUGACAAAUCUGUAAACCUCCAAUUUUGAGCUCCCAAGGGGAGAUAAUCCAGCUUGGCAGCAUUAUCCAACAUGGCCACCCCUAGCAGCAGCAAAGCAUAAGAAUGUAUUUAUUUUAUAGAUUAUUUAUUUUGUUGUAGAUUGUAGUAUUUUCAGUUGUUGUCAGGGUUUGUUUCAGGACGUCCCCAGAUAAACGCAGUCAAGCUAACGAUGCUAACACUUGUUACUGACCAUUCACUGAGUGCUUAAAGCUCUGCAUUUCUGAUGUUUCAAUACUUUGAGUGAAUGUCAUUUCCUUUUGUUUUACCAGCAGUUCUGAUUAGAAUACUCUGGAUUAUGUGUAAUACUUACAAACAUGCAUUUUGUUUUUCUUUUGCCUUUGAAACUAAUUUUAUAUUCCUGGGUUGAAAUAUUCCAUAUGUGUUCAGGAGUUAGAACCAAAAUACACAUGCCAUUGUUGUUCUAUCAUUAAUGUCAUAUAUAGCUUUCAUUUCAUUAACAAACACAAUGAUCUGUCACUUCUUUGUGGUUUCUGUCUGUAACUGUUUGCCUCAAUGUGUGCAAAUGUGAUUGCCUUCAAAUAUUUGGGGCCAUAUUGUGUACCAAUCAAACAAGACAAAAUAUUGCAAACCAUAUUGGUUGUUUUGAAUUUGUGUUUAAUAUUUUAUUGUCAAAUUUCUCACUGUUGUACACAGAAAUGAGCCCUUUGUCAAAUAUGAAUAAACAGACAAGUGUCAUAAUGACAGGUAGAAAAUGAGAAAUCAAAUAUUUUAGGCGUGUCACACUCACAUUAGAUAAGGCUAUUUAGGUCGAGCAUGUUUUUGGAUUUCACUGAAGGCAAAAUAGCAUUUAGUUGUUUUUGAUGAGCAAUUUGUUAAAAAGUGGGAAACGCUACAGCCCAUGUUUCACAUGCUAUACACUUCAUCUUGUCAUGGCAAGUUGGAAACCUUGCCUAGUCUUUUUUUUCAUAGUGAAUUAGAAUCCUAACAUGGCUAUUGUCAUUGUGAAAUGGAAUCUUAACCUGAUGAUUGUCAUUGUGAGGUGGAACCCUAGCCUGAUGAUUGUCAUGGUGAGGUAGAAUCCUAACCUGGUGAUUGUCAUGGUGAGGUGGAACCCUAGCCUGAUGAUUGUCAUGGUGAGGUAGAAUCCUAACCUGGUGAUUGUCAUGGUGAGGUGGAACCCUAGCCUGGUGGUUGUCAUGGUGAGGUGGAACCCUAGCCUGGCUGUAGUCAUGGUGAGAUGGAACCCUAGCCUGGUGAUUGUCAUGGUGAGGUGGAACCCUAGCCUGGCUGUAGUCAUGGUGAGAUGGAACCCUAGCCUGGUGAUUGUCAUGGUGAGGUGGAAUCAUAGCCUGGCUGUAGUCAUGGUGAGAUGGAAUCUUAACCUGGCUGUUGUCAUGGAGAGAUGGAAUCUUAACCUGGCUAUUGUCAUGGUGAGAUGGAAUCUUAACCUGGCUAUUGUCAUGGUGAGAUGGAAUCUUAACCUGGCUGUUGUCAUGGUGACAUGGAAUCAUAGCCUGGCUGUAGUCAUGGAGAGAUGGAAUCUUAACCUGGCUAUUGUCAUGGUGAGAUUGAAUCUUAACCUGGCUGUUGUCAUGGUGAGAUGGAAUCUUAACCUGGCUGUUGUCAUGGUGAGAUGGAAUCUUAACCUGGCUGUUGUCAUGGUGAGAUGGAAUCUUAACCUGGCUGUUGUCAGGAAGAGUGGAACCUUACCCUGACUGUUGUCAUGGUGAGUGGAAUCCUAACCUGUCAAUCUACUCUAUAGAAGUGUUUCCUCUGCACUAGUAUUCAUCUGAACCAGACCUUACUUCAUAAUAUCUGUAUUUCAUGUGGUUAGUGCCAAACAUUAGGAGUGGGAUCUCUAGAGCCUUGUAAUUUGCCCUAUGAGUUUGCUUACAUAGUAUGUAACAAGUGAUACUAUGGAUCUUGCUAAUGUGACUAGCAUGAUCUAUGUUCGUCCAGGCUUUGUUAAAUAUACUCAAAAGCAUUUUGUGUAGUAUUCAGCUAUUAUUUAGGACACCACAUGCUGAAAGAGCAUCUGUUAAUGGAUGCAAAUGAUAGAGAAUACUCUGAGCUGUGUCCCCACCUUUUGGUUUGACAUAGUGUAAUCAGUAUUUCAAUAAGCAUCGGACUCUUAUAUAGCUUUUGUGUAAAAACAUUCAAUGUCCCACAUAAUGAAACAAAUCAUAGUAAGAAAACUUACUCUUUUUAAAGAAUGUUUUGUAUGGAAAUGUGCUAAAACAAUAAUUCAAUGACAAAUCAACUUGGGGCUUCUUGAAAAUAUCUGAAACAAAUAUGCCUAGUUCUGUUUUGUGAGAAUGAAAAUAAUGUCAAUUUUGGCCUUAAUAUGCUAGGAAUUUGGGGAUAAUGAUUUGUAAGAAUCAUAUGAUAUUUUUUUUUUGAUUAUGAUUAUAUGUGUUGCAUUCUUCCAAGUAGGCUUAUACAUGUAUGAGUUGUGUAGAGGACACUGUGUGGACUCUUGGCACUAAUCAGAUGCUCUACAGACACUACAGUAAGUGUAACUGUGUAUCAUAUACUUCAUGGCUGUCAUCAGCUCAACACAAUACAUUUUACUCCUAUGUCAAAAUAAAAGUUAUAUUAUGAAA